AUGCUGCGCGCCCAUCUCCAGCGGCUGCCCAAGAUGCAUCUCAUCUUCGACUUUGACGGCACCAUCACGACCGCUGACACCAUCGGCCCCCUCGCCGCCGCCGCCAUCGCCGCCCAAAAACGCCGCGGCGGCGGGAUCGACCUGCAGCCCGCGUGGGACGCGCUCCUCCGGGCGUACCUCGCCGACUACGACGCGUACCGUGCCGGCUUCCGCCCCCCCGAGGCCGCGCGGACCACGGUCGCGGACCGUGGCGCUGCGACCGGGCUUCGCGCGCGUGGCGGGCGUCGCGAGGGACAGGGGCUGGCCGGUGAGCGUGGUCUCGGUGAACUGGUCGGCGGAGUUUAUCCGCGGGGUGGCGGGGAGCGUGCUGCGGGAGGAGGAGGACGUGGUGGCGGCGAACGGCACGAGCGCCGAGGACGGCGUGAUCUGCGGACCGGAGGCGCUCGCGGGCGAGCUGCUCGUGUGUGCGCCGGACAAGGCGCGCGCGAUGCGGGCGGUGCUGGCGGGGAGGAGGAGGAGUCAGGAGGAGGCGAUGUACUUUGGCGACUCGACGACGGACUUGCAGUGCCUGCUGGAGGCGCGUCGCGGGGUGGUGCUGACGGACGAGGGCGGCGGCGGCUCAUUGCUGGCGACCCUGCGGAGGCUGGGAUUCGACGUGCGGCAUGUUGGGGAGGGGGAUUUCGAGGGAGAGGAGAGGAGGUUGGUAUGGGCGAGGAACUUUGA